CCGCAGCAUUUCGGAGCCCGGUGGGCUCUGUGCUCCUUCCAGCAGUCCUGAAAACUUAAAAGCUUUGGUUUGCAGCUGAUCUAUAGCAAACAUUUACAUAUGGCAAAGCAAUGUGGAGGAGCCUGGGUCAGCUCUGUCCCUUGAUCCUGUCUAUGUGCUCACUGGUUUUAUCGCCAGGCCAGGCCACGGCGUGCAGGGAGCUUCAGGCAUUGCCUUCCCAAAGAAGAAGCAGCAGAGAUGUUAAUUCUCCAGCUCCUGUCGACUGUCAGCUGAGCCAGUGGUCAGGAUGGACUGAUUGCUUCCCUUGCCAAGAGAAAAAACACCGGUACCGGCGGCUGGUGCAGGCAGCAGAGUUUGGAGGGCGACGCUGCGCGGGGCACCUCUGGGAUGAGCAAGACUGUCGAGCUGAGACAACGUGCACAGGGCCACCACGGUGUGGGCAGGACUUCCAGUGUGAGGGAACAGGGCGCUGCAUCAAACAACAUCUUGUGUGCAAUGGAGACAGAGACUGCAGAGAUGGGUCUGAUGAGGAUAACUGUGAGGAUGAAGAUAUUGAAAGCCCUUGUGAACAUCUGUUCCCAAUCCCAGGGGCGGAAAAAGCAGUCCAAGGAUACAACAUCCUAACACAGGAGGAGAGGCAGAACAUAUACGACCCUGGAUUUUUUGGAGGGCUCUGUGAGUACGUGUACAACGGGGAGUGGCGGGAGCUGCAGUACGACGCCGCCUGUGAGCGCCUGUACUACGGAGACGACGAGAAGUAUUUCCGCAAGCCUUACAACUUCCACAUAUACCAGUUCCUGGCUCAUGCUGAUUCUGGAUUCACUUAUGAGUUUUACGACGAUUCAAAGGACCUGCUUGAUGCCCUUAAAAGUGAUAAAUCCAAAACAACAGGCUUCACCAUUGGAAUUGGGCCUGGCAGAGCAGAUGUCAUGUUAAACCUGGGCCUGACUUUAUCAGGUGGCAAAGGAUCCCUGAAGAAUUUCACAGAAUACAAUGAAAAGGAUGUUGGAUUCAUUAGAGCUGUGACCAAGGUGCAGACAGCCCGCUUCAAGAUGAGAAGGGACAACAUUGUUUUGGAUGAAGAUGUGCUACUCUCGCUGCAGGACCUCCCAGACACCUACAACUAUGGCAUGUAUGCCAAAUUCAUCAACGACUACGGCACCCACUUCAUGACAUCUGGCACCAUGGGGGGUGUCUUUGAGUACAUCCUUGUCAUCAAUAAGGAGGAAAUGCGAAGAAAAGCCAUCAGCACCGAGGAGAUAAGUGCCUGUUUUGGCCUGUUCUUCGGCAUGACAGCCAGCAAGGAGAACCUGAAUCUGAGUGCAGCUCUGACAUACUCUGACUGCAAAAAGAAAGGAUUUCGGAAAGCUGAUUCUGAGAGCCACAGUGCAGUUGUGGAAGAUAUUAUUCCCCGGAUUAGAGGAGGAGAUACCAGUUACAGCGGAGGGCUCCUGAACAGCUGGGAUGGCAAAAUGUAUCAUCACUGGGGAAGGUCAUUAAAAUAUAAUCCUGCUGUUAUUGAUUUCCAGCUGCAGCCCAUCCACGAAAUCCUCCGCAGGAGCAACCUCGGCCACAUGGAAACCAAACGGCAGCACCUGAAACGGGCUCUGGAUGAGUUCCUGCUGGAAUUCAACCCCUGCCGCUGUGGAACGUGCCAGAACAAUGGGGAGCCUGUCCUGGUGGGAGACACCUGCUCCUGCCAGUGCCGCCCUGGCUACAGAGGCCCUGCCUGCGAGCAGACUGAGCGCCGAGGUGGAGAGACGGAUGGGCGCUGGAGCUGCUGGUCGGGCUGGUCGCCGUGCCAGGCAGGGACGUCGCGGCGCAGCCGGCAGUGCUCCAACCCUGCCCCGCAGCACGGUGGGCAGCCCUGUGCAGGGAGAAACCUCCAGAGCAGAGCCUGCUGAAAGCCCAAGGUGCCUGGAACAGCGUGGUUUGGAACCUGGGCUGGGCCAUAAAUACUCCAGGCAUGCUAUGGAAUUACCCCCAGGAGAGAUAAUUGAUCAGUAAAGUGUUUCUAUACGUGCUGAAUUCACUGUGUAAAACCUGACCAACUGCUCCCGUGGUUUUGCCCCACCAGAUGGGAUGGGAGUCCCACCAGACAGGAUGGGAGCCCCACCAGUGCCCAACACCACUGCUGCAGCACAGGAGAUGGCAGAGAAUCCACCCAAAGGAGGUGGUUUUGCUGCAGGGUGACCGCGGCGCUACAGCGUGUCAUGAAAUAAAUUCACUGCGAGUGUUUACAUAACUAA